CGUCGCUGCAGAACCACUCUACUCAGCAUCGAAAACACAAACCGCCCAAAGCUGCGUCACACAUUGGACCUCAAGAAAUCGCUAUUUCAAAAUUCACAGACUCGGCAAAAUGACAAAAUUUCGCCCUUGUAUAGAUCUCCACGCCGGAAGUGUCAAGCAGAUCGUCGGCGGCACCUUGACAACCACCACCUCUGAACUCAAGACAAACUUUACAAGCAAACUGCCAUCAUCCUACUAUGCAAAGCUAUACAAGGAGAAUGCAUUGGAGGGUGCGCAUGUAAUCAUGUUGGGACCCGGCAAUGAUGAUGCUUGCAAGGAGGCUUGUGAAGCUUGGCCGGGGCAUUUGCAGGUUGGUGGUGGCAUCAAGGACGAAAAUGCAAAAGAGUGGAUUGAGAAGGGUGCUAGUAAGGUCAUCAUCACAUCCUUCCUGUUCCCUUUUGGUAAACUCUCCUUGGACCGCCUGCAAUCGGUCCUCAAGGCUUUGGACAAUGAUACCUCAAAACUCGUGAUCGACCUGAGCUGCCGUCGUAAGGGCGACACAUGGUUCGUUGCCAUGAACAAAUGGCAAGAUCUCACUGAUAUGGAAUUGACCGCUGAAUCAAUCUCACUACUCCAGCCUUACUGCUCAGAGUUCCUCAUCCACGCGGCCGACAACGAAGGUCUUCAACAAGGCAUCGAUGAAGAGCUCGUCCGCAAGCUCUCCGAAUGGUCUUCUAUCCCCGUCACUUACGCAGGAGGUGGUCGUAACCUGCAAGAUUUAGAAUUGGUUGAAAGCUUGAGUGGUGGAAAGGUGGAUCUGACCAUCGGAAGCGCGCUCGAUGUGUUUGGUGGCAAUGGUGUCAAGUUCGACGAGUGUUGUGAGUGGAAUUCGUCAAGGACGUAAAAUCUUCUUUGGGUAGCUGGCUCCAAAACCUGCCGAAGAAGCAGAAAACAUGCAAAAUAUAAGUCUCGCUACGACCCUGUCUCCGUUAAUUGGACAGCUUCGUUCUUCGACCCCUUCCUCGCGGACGCCACUCAAUACCAAGCAAAUAUGCGAAGACCAAGCGGUUCUGUGAUUCAGCUCAUAGCUCUUACUAAUGCAAGUUUGCUGCAAGAAGUGCUCCGCUGGCACAAGUGCUCGGACAUUCCAAAUACCGGUGACAUCAUCGACGGUGG